AUGGAGCACAUCCUGCGGCGCGAGCUCAAGAUAUGGCAGCGCGCCUUCAAGCAGCGCCAUGGUCGCGACCCCACCAAGCGCGACAUCCUUGCCGAUGACAGCAUCUCGGGCACCUACGAGACCUGGCAGGCCGUAGGCGGCGAUACCACCGCCAAACCGCGGUCCAGCAAGCGAUCGGAGCCAUCGAGUACCAAAGCGACCAGCUCCAAGAACACGCUCGAUGACAAUGUGGUCAGGACACCGUCGAAGCGUAGAGUCACGGCGCAGGCGGGCGCGUCGCCAUCCAAGAAUCCGUUCCGCACACCGACGAAGCGCUCGUCGCCCAGCCAGAAGGAGAACCUUCCUCGGCAGAACCCGUUCGCGACGCCGUCUCGACGCGCCGCCGCAUCCGUACCGGCGAGUCCUGCUGGAUCGGUGGUGGAUGUCGAGAUGACGCCGAAGCGGUCGCCGCUGCUGACGGCGUCGCAGCGCGCGCACGCCUUUACGCCGUCCAAAUCGUCGCUCCGCGUAGCCUCGCAGCAGCAGCAGUACGUGACGGCCUCGCCAAGUAAGCUGCGCACGGCGGUAGCGGCUGCAUCGCGACUCACGCCCACCAAGCCUGUACGCACCGACGGCGAUGCGGCGCUGAGGAACGCCCUGGUCGCCUACACGCCGCGCACAAAGGCACGCAAGAGGUUGAGGGGGGAAGAUGUGCCGCCCACCCCGGCGCGGGCAGGUGGGCGCGCGGGGACGGAUCCACGACCAGCACAGCGCGGACUCGCCGCAUUCGGGUUGGCAACGCAGCGCAAGCCUCCGACCAUGCCUGCUCCAGCCUCGGCAUUUCCAUUGCGCACAGUCGUGCCGGCACAGAUGUCCGAUGAUGAAGAUGUGUUGGACGCUUCGCCCGUCAAGGCUGUGGCACGCAGGGGAAGCGGCAAGCCCGGUUUCCGCCCGCUGUUCGCCUCGCCCUCCAGCCACGCACCCGUCGACAUCCUCGCACCAUCGACCAGUGGUUGCACGGGAGAUGCAGACGAGGACGCGGUGAUGCACGAUGCCGGUCCAGCAGGCGGAAUAUUCGGCGCCGAAGUUCAGCGUCGUCGUCGACUUCGCGAGCUCUCUCCCGCUGCGUCCAAGAAGCCCAAGACGCGAUCGGCGCCCAUCCUGCCCUCGAGCGAUUGCGACGACGACCUCGGUGCAUCGUCGAGCCCUGUGCGUAGGGGCGAGUCAUCGCCACACACGGAAAUCACGCUUCCCAGCAGCGUCCCGCGCCCCUCUUCGCGCAAGCAAGUUGCGAGCAGUAGUCCGGCUGGCGGUGUCGGGUGGCGACAAACACGCGAGGUGGAGUUAUCCGACGACGACGCCUCCCCCCGCAAGAGUAGCAGCGGGGGUAGGAAGAUCUCGAUCCAACCGUACCGGCUGUACGGUCGAUGCACGCAGCCUGCACCCCAGCUUGGCGAGGACGACGAUGACGCAUACGCAAUGUUCAACACGCUCCAAACAACCUCGGCUUUGGUCACUGCAUCCACGCCGGAACCAGAACCAAACACCGCCCUUGCAGGUCUCCACCUCUCACCCGUCCACCUCCCUUCCUCCAAAGACACAAACAAACGUCUGCUGGAUAACAUCUUCCACCCAACCUCGUCUGCACCCAAACAUCCCACCCUCAACCCACACGCCCGAUUCCAUCUCCACCAACCCGACCUCCCGUCACCUACCGACGACGAUGACGACGACGCGGAUCCCACAGCCAACUUGCAGGACGACGACGAUUGGCUCCAGGAAGUCGACGCCGACUACACCUUCCUCGACACCGAGAUCCAGCUCAACGACAUUGCUUAA